UGCGCACGAAGACAGAGCAAGCGAAGCAGAAGAAGAAGCAGCAGCAGCAAUAGCAGACAACUUUCGUGUCGUGUAGAAAAUUCCAACCUCCCCCCUCAAUUUCCACAGUUCCAAUCACCUGAUACCUCGUUGCUUUUAUAAGGCGCGCGUCGUGUUUCGUUUGGAGAAAGGCUUACACUCGGAUUUGCAAUAAGACAAACAAAAAAAAAAACAAAACGAAAGAGAGAGAAAUAUGUUUAAUAUUUAAUUUCACUAUGCAAAUGCAUUGACAUUCAUUCUUGAACGAACUUGCACAAGUUUGAUUUGCCCUUCAGGGCCACAUACAGUUUCAGAGUCCAAACUCGAAACCAGUUCAAAAAGCUUGCAGUCACCAAACAUCCAAAACAAGAGCGACAAAGAGCGCAAGAGAGGCGCGCAAGCGCACGUGCAGAAAGCGAGAGCGCAGCAGCGAACGCGUUGACAGCGUCACCGUCGCGUGCUUAAUUGGGACAAGAACAACUGUGAGUGCUGUCGUCGCUAAACUGUAAUGGCUAUCAAACUGUGCGUGCGGAAGUUUACAAACUGUGGUGUAUUGUGUUGUGUUGACAUUGCGUAAUUUUCAAUAAACAACUACUACAGUAAACUAAAAAUUCGUAACGAGUUGCUAACAAUAAAAGCAUGUGCAAGAAAUCUAUAAUAAAAAAUUGGCAAUAGCUCGAUUUUGUGUGAAAACAGCAAACAGCAGACACCACAAAUUUGUGGUCACACCAAAAAAUAAAAGCGCAGCUUUGUUCGCAUACUGUGAACGAGCAUAAAUAACAGCAGCAACAACAACAAUAAUAACUGAAAUUUACCGUUACCAGAAGGAGAGAGAAACAAAUUAGCAAGCUACGUGCGUUUGUUUUUUUGCAUUUUGUGUGAAAUGUCCAAACAGUUGAAAAUAAAUUCACUCUCGUUGCUGCUGUUGGUGGCAGCGGCAGCGACAGCGCUGCCCCAACAACAACAACAGCAGCAGCAACUAUUACCAGCAACUGUUGCAACAACUACGACAACAACAAGACUAGUAAAUGCAACUGACAGCGCUGGCACUUUCAUCGAUAACAACAACAAUAACAGCAACUUUGAAGCAACAACUGUCUCCUUCGAGCAGCAACAGUCACAACAACAACAACAGCCGCAGCAGACAUUGCAAUAUGCACAUAUAACGGCAUUAGAUAAAGAAGUAGUUGAACGUCUAAUCAAGCAAUGGGCGCCGAUUGUUUGGCUGGCGCCAGAGGAGAAAUUUCUGCCUCUGGGCGUCGAAGAAUUCCUACAGAAUGUGCAUCCCAUGGACAAGGAACGCAGCAACAGCUUUACCCCUGGCGUGCCCUUUAGCGAAUACUCCACAAAGUCGCAUCUGGUGACGAAUGCGGAUAUGGAGCAACUGCUGCAGAAUGAGCAAUCCUUCAUCUAUGGCCGCAAUCCCAACGAGGCGCCAGUGCCUAUCUAUGGCGUCGUGACGCUUUGUCCCAAACCAGAGCCAAAGCCCGAAGUGGUGCCACAGUCACAACCACAGCCUUUCGCCAGUACCCGAGGACCUUACAUACCCGUGUCCAUUGACCCGUUGGAGGAGCGCAAUGACACGGUCCGACGCUCGUCACGCUUGUAUCCACUGUUUCAACGCGUGAAGCGGGAGUCAGUGAACAUGCCACCGCUCCGGGAAUACGAUCUGGUCAUGGGUGAAACACAAUUGCCAACGGCAGCAGUGCUGGAGCCUGCAGAGCAGCAGCCACAGGAGCUGGAGGACGAUUCGAAUGGAUUGCCAGUGAACAAUUUCAUUGCCAAUCUGGCGGACAAUGUCAAGUUCAGUGGCGGGCCCGAGAUGGAAGACGAUAAUCUGGAGGACAACAACAUUGGCGAUGCGCCGCCCCUAGAAACGCCACAGCAAGGGGUUAAAGGAAAACUGCCUGGUUUCCAUGUCACCUACUGGAUGUUCUAUCCCUACAGUCAGGGCAAAACCAUGUGCACACUGAGCCUGGGUCCCCUGGGUCGCAUUCCCUUCCCGGCUGUGUACGGCUAUUGCUUGGGCAAUCGUCGAGAUAUUGGCAGCCAUGUGGGAGAUUGGGAGCACAUGAGUCUGUAUUUUAAUGGCGAUGCCGAGCCACAGGCGAUGUAUGUCUCAGCUCACGAUGCUGGAGCCUAUUACAGCUACAAUCGACUGACGGGCUCCUUUGAGUUUCGUCGUCAAGAGACGCGCAAGGGGAUUUUACAGCGUCCCAAUUUCCCCAAGACGGUGACCACAUUUAAGAAUCAUCCGGUCCUGUUUGCGGCCAAAGGUUCGCACGGUCUGUGGACGGCGCCGGGCAAGCAUCGCUUUGUUAAGGUGGCCAGACUGUAUGACAUCAAUGGCUUUGGCACGCCGUGGAACACUUGGAAGGCCGUAGACAUAAGCUACAAGAAUCUCAGAUCCUACGGACGUUCACUGGUUCCCGAUUGGCUGACGUAUCGUGGCAAGUGGGGCAAUCCCAAGAGCAAGUGUCAUCCCUUUCGCCGCAUCGGAUUGAACUUUUGUGAGUUCACAGACGGACCCACUGGCAUUCCUCUAAAGGAGCCGCAUUUUCAAUGUGGCGCUGACUAUCGUUAAUGAUGGAUUCAAUUGCUGCUGACUAGUUUCUUAAGCGUAGCUCUAGACAAGUAUUUAUUGUGAAAUUCCCGCCCGAAGAUUACCCCGAAAAAACGAAGCAUUAAACAUUUGAAAUAAGCACAUGCCGUAUUUUAGC